UUGCCCCACUGUGAUAAACAUACGUCAGACGGGAGUCUUCGUCAAAACAAAACAAAACAAAAAGUACUUGGGACGGAGAGUCUGGUUCGAGAGAUGAGGAAUUAAGAAGCCGGAGCUCGGUUAGGGAAGCGCUGUGGUUCGGGGAGUCGCUUUUUUGAAGUGUUAUGAGGUAUUAAACGGAGCCGGAGUGGAGCCGCGGUUUUAUCUCCAGUCGAAGGGGUUCGGUCGGGAGAGAGUGCGCGAGAGGGGCUUGUGCUGGAAGAAUAUGGCAGACAGGAGCACGCGCCAACCUGCACCGCCGGUCUUGCAAACUUAAAAAAAAAAAAAAUAGCUUGCUUUUAUUUUUCCCAGACCAAUUUGUUGAAGCUUUUUUUUUUUUUUUUUUUUUUUUUUUUUUUUUUAAAUCUUUUUGUUUGCUGGGGCUGCUAAAUUCCGCGUGUGACCCAGCAAGGCGCUGAAUUGCAUACCUGUUUUUCGUAACUCCCGAACGGAUUUUGCGCUGUGAAAAGCGCGGAGAUCAUUGUGGGACAACUUCAUUGUGACAUUUGAACUUCACGUCAAAGAAGGAUCGAGUCUGAACGAUAACCGUUUUUUUUUUUUUUUUUUUUUUUUUUUAAUGCAACAACACUGGGUUGUACGGUUCUGCGGUGAAUGGCUCGGAGUAGUUAAAUUCACACGCUGCUGGUUCACACUGACUUGUUGAGCUGAGCAAAAUAAACUCGAGCCAGAGUUUCUGUAUUUAGGAGGAUUUUGGUCUGAAGGUGCGAUGCAGAGUAUUUUGGAUGCUGCUGGUAAUCUGUUGUAAAAUUGGGAGCCAUCGUAUUUGCAAGAGCCGAGGCUGAAAGCUGUCACUCAGCCCCCACACCAGUGACACCGCUGUGCUACCAGUCGGAGUCAUUCCUGCUUGUUCUGCAACAGACAUCCCACUGGCUCCACGCUAUUGUACAGUGAUUCUAUUGCUCUAUGCAAAUCUAUCUAUAUAUAAAGUAUAUAUUUUAAAGUCUAUAAUUCGCAUUUAAAAACACGUUUAAUUGGAAGUCUGAGCACAGUAAAUAGGAUUGGUUUUGUUUCGGUUUGGUAACUAUAUGAAUUAUUAAUUGUGAAGGCCACCUGUUCGUUCUGAAGGAGUUUAAUGCACAGCCGUCACCUACAGCUUUCAUAUCGGUCUUUGUUAUUACAUUCAGGAAUACUCCAAGCAGCUUCUUUAUCAAGGGGCCGAUUCAAUAAACACAUUAAAAACACCGAUUAACACAGGUAACGGAGUACUGAGAGGUGCCGGCGCCAGUAUUCGCGUGUUUGAACUUCUUUCUUUGUAAACGUGAAGAAUAAGGGACUGGUUUAUUUUCACAGCUGUAAACAGCACUGUCCAGAUGUUUUAAUUCACCGACUCAUUGAAGAAUUCCUUUUGUGUCUGUCUUUUUUUUUUUUUUAAAACCACAAACAAAAACAGCGUGUCCAGACUGUUUCUCGCGUCUGCAGUAAAGCGGUAGGUUUUACUAUCACGGAGAUUACUUGUCCCUUGAAUCUCCAACCCGUGGUUAUGCAGAUUGCAUUCGUUAAUGCUGCCGUUCUGUAAGGGACCCCUUUGUGCAAAGGAUGGGGACUCGGAUGAUGUAAUCAGGGUUUAGGGGCAGCUCCCUGAACGUGACAUCUCUUUAUAGUUGUUAUUUUUUGUAUUAUUGUUAUUAAUAUUAUUUGGCUUUGUCAAUGCUAUUUUGAUACAAUAUCUUUUGGGACAUUUUAAAGAAAUUCUUUGUUUUUAUCUUGGGUACUUUUAAAACCGGUUUUAGUUUAUAUAUAUAUAAUAUAGUAAAUUGCUCUUAUUCAAGAAAAAGAAAACAAAACUAUGGAGGAAGAGCAGACAAUUCCAGUUGAAAUCGACCCGGAUUUUGAGCCUCAGAGUCGCCCUAGAUCAUGCACCUGGCCUCUGCCUCGGCCUGACAUAUCCACUGUCAAACAGGAGGGGGGCGAUGGGGCGGAGUCGGCCGCAGGGACCCCACACACUGAGGAAGAGAAGCAGGAGCAUCUGCCAAUCAUAUCAGAGCCUGAGACAGCAGCAGUGCCUGAGGGCGGAGUUCAAGUUGGGGUGGGCGGAGCUACCCCGAGGAAAGGCUCCUCCCGCCGGAAUGCCUGGGGGAAUCAGUCCUAUGCAGAACUAAUUAGUCAAGCCAUCGAAAACUCCCCUGAAAAAAGACUGACCCUUGCCCAGAUAUAUGACUGGAUGGUCAAAACAGUGCCUUACUUCAAGGACAAAGGGGACAGCAACAGCUCUGCAGGAUGGAAGAACUCCAUCCGCCACAACCUGUCUCUGCACAACAAGUUCCUGCGCAUGCACAAUGAGUCGACCGGCAAGAGCUCCUGGUGGAUGCUGAACCCGGAGGGGGGGAAGACCGGCAAAUCCCCCAGGCGUCGCGCAGCCUCCAUGGACAACAGCAGCAAGCUCCUGAAGAGCCGAAUCCGCGCAGCCAAGACUAAGAAGGCAGCAGCCGCUGCCACAGCAGAGGGGCCUAGCGGGGGCGCGGACAGUCCCGGAGGAGGCUCCCAGCAGCAGUUCCCCAAGUGGGGCGUCAGCAGCAGCAGCCCUUCUUCCCGCGGCAGCGUGGACGACCCUGAUAUCUGGACCAGCUUCCGGCCUCGCACCAGCUCCAACGCCAGCACCCUGAGCGGCCGGCUGUCCCCUAUCGCCCCUGGGCACGAGGACGAUGAAGGCCUGGCUGAGGACAACCUCCACUCCACCCUGGCUACCUACUCGGCCACCAGCGUGCCUCCCACCCUCACUGAGACCCUGCUGGAGGAACUGGAGUUCAUCGACGGCCUCAAUCUCAUGUCCUCUCAGCAGCAGCAGCACAGCAACAACAGCCUCUCCGCCAGCUCUGCCGGCACCACUGCCCUCCCCUCGGCCACCACCCUGCUCCCGAGGAGUGCCAGCUUCUCCUCCUAUCGGCAGCUCCAGCAGGACAAACGGGAGCAAGCUGCAGUAGCAGCGGCAGCAGCAGUGUCGGUGGCAGAGGUGAUGCAGCAGAACAAAAACGCAGGCAGCACCACCGCCACCAACUUUGGCAACUCUCUGUUCAAGCCCUCGCCCAACCCUGCCGGCGCCAGCAGGGUGGGCGGGUGCUUCGGAGGUGGUGUUGGCAGGACAGAGCGCCUUCCCUCCAGCCUAGAGGUCCUCCUGACCUCCGACUCCCCACCCCCCAGCGAUGUCAUGAUGACCCAGGUUGACCCCUUGAUGCCGAGCCAGAGUGCUGCCAACCUGCUGAUCCUGGAUGGCCAGCUGAGCCGAAAAGGGGCAGGGCAGCAGCAGCAGCUUUUAGGGAAGAGCCAGGAGCAGGGCUCCCUACUGACUAUGUCACUCCAGCAGCAGCAGCAACAAUACCGUGCCCAGCUUGGGAAUUCUGUCCAGCAGCUGGGAUUGGGAAUGCUGGUCCCGGGAAUGGGCCAGGACUCUGCCCACCUGGCGGCUCUGAAGGCGCAGAUGGCCCAGGGUCCCGGCAGCCCCUCGGCGGGGUCGCUCCUGGGCGGGAUGCCCUCCUCGUCUGCUGGGGGGCUCCCUGGAAUGGGCCCCUUCGGAAGCUCCGGGUGCUUCCUCACAGGACAGGACAAGCUGCCCACAGACCUGGACAUUGACAUGUUCACGGAGAACCUGGACUGUGACGUGGAUUACAUCAUCAACAGUGACCUCAUGGACGGAGAGGGCAUGGACUUCAACUUCGACCCCAUCCUGAACACCAAUCCGAGCUACCCCAGCCCUGCCACCAGCCAGGCCUCCUCCCACAGCUGGGUUCCCAGUUAGUCCCUCGGCACCACUUGCAGGAUUCUCCAGAGCCUCAUACCCCAUGCAGGUCCUUCAUGCCGCUGUGCGGACUGGAAGCUGAGCUAACAGCCCUCGCAGCAGCUUCGGAAGGGUUAUGAAGACACUUGGCCAUACAAAUCACUGCACAAAUAUUUACAACAAUAUAUAUAUAUAUAGAUAUAGUCCGGACCUCAUUUUUGUGCCAUGUGCCAACCAAAAAACGAAUUUCAGCUUUCCUGAACACAUUUUCCUGAGAGAGUGACAGAGAGAGAGAGGUACUGUGCAGCCUGACACUCUGUGCUGCAGAGUGAACACUGUGUUUGUGUAUUCCCUCCUGCAUGUAUAUGGGGUGGAUGCCAGCAGCCUGCUUUUUUGACAGGCGGCUUGGUACAUGAUGGUUACAGUUGGCAUUGCCGGCAUGCUGAGGCACUAGCCUGCCGCUACUUCAGUGAGUUUGCUGGUCUGUGCAAACAAGGCAGCGGCCCAGCUUGUGUUUAAUCAGUGCAGAUUGGGAGGAGGGGUCAUUCAGCGGGGAGUGCGUUUGUUUGUGCUCUUUCAAUCGUGUGUUUGUUUUAUCCCGUAUAUUAUUUUCAUUGUUUAAAAUAGGUGGUACGAUUUUGGGUGUCUUUUAAAUAUGCCGACAUUUAUAAAUAAAGAAGCCCACCGAUCCUUUCCCGUGGGAAGAAACUAAACAGAACAAAACAAAGCCUUUGCUGUUCUCUCCCUGGUCAUUUUGAGUGCGGUGUUGGCGCACCAGGGCUUAGCAACCGAUUCAGCAGCAGGCUGCAGUAUGGAGCACAAUGGGUGUCCUUCAGAAAUAGCCUGGUCUGUACAGACAAUAAAAGAAUCUAUUCUGGAAUGCAACACAGUGAGUUCUAGAGCAUUCGGGAAUACUGUUCUAGAACUUCUCCGAUGAUCUUUUUGCAAUUUGAAAACAAAAACAAAAAAAAAUUGAAAUUGCUUUUGUUCUUUGUAAAGUGCAACAUGUAAAUAGCUUUAUAAACCCAAGUCUUUUAAAAAGGAGAAAAGGUACCAUUCACUAACAUUAUUUUCUACGUAUUUUCUAAGCGAAUCAGGCAGCCCAUUGUCACCCUUAUUCCACAAGGGUGCGGCUGGAGCUGGGUUUUAAAUAAUGGCUUGUUUUCUAUUCUUGAAAUUAUUUAUUUUCCGUAUGCUAACCUUAUUUUGUAAGAAAUGACUUCAGUACGUGAAACAAGUAUUUUUGAUGAUAGUAUAAUCAAGAUUGAGGUAAACUAGCUAAAUAUUGCAUUUAAAGAGAUUAUACAUUUUAUAUUACACACAUGUGUAUAUAUAUAUAUAUAUAUAUAUAUAUAUAUAUAUAUACACACACACAUUAUACACAUACUAAAACGGGCAGAGAACUAACAGUCUCAGCCCAUUGGUAACGGUAGUUUUCUAUAUAUUCUUUUAUUUUGUGAAAGAUAAAAUCAAUGUAGAUUUGUACAUAACCGAACGAACACUAAUUUGACUGCGUACAGAAAAGGAACAAAACGGAGAAAAGUAUUUCAGCAUCAAUAAGCUUACAAUUGCUUAAAAGCAAAUGCAUGAAAAAAAAAAAAGAAUAAGCAGGUUUGCAGAGUGAACUUGAAGUUUGGAGCAGCAAGAUCACUUAUUAAUAUUACCAGGAGAGCUUAUGGUUGACCCAAUCUUAAAAAGCGUUUGUGUUUGAAACGUGCACAAACUUGCAUUAUCAGGGAAAUGUGCAAAAAGAAAAAAAAAGCAAAUAUAUUUUGGGUGCAUCAAUUACUAAAGCAACAAAAUCAUUUGAAUAUAUGCAUAAUGCGUGUUUAUAAAACAUUUUAAAAAGGAAUGGUAGAAAAAGCCCAUGGAUUUUUUGUUCAGUCGAUGUAAUGAAACGGUGGGUUGCAGUUCGGUGCUGUGAUUCUUCAGAUGAACCCGUCAUUAAGUAGCAUGUCUCUGAAUGGCUGCACUGGUGCUGUGAGUGUGAUUCAAUCCAGGUCUCAAGGUGCAAGUGAGACGCAUCAGGAGUGUCGCCUAAGUGGUACUGUAACCUGGAGAGCCUCCUUGAGAACACAGGAGCGACUGUGUAGGACUGCAGGCCACUUACUGACCCACAAUACCAGUGUCAUUUACAUCUCUACAGGGCAUGUGUUGGGUUUCAUAGGUCAUCAAGCGCUCCUCUCAGCUGCUUCAUUUUGAAGUGAUUUCCAUCACGUCUUGUUAGACACAACCUGUUUGAAAUCUGCUUAAGCGUGAACUAGCCAUUAACUCUCAGGGUGUUUACAAAGGAAAAGCAUUGGCUGGUUAUGAGGAGGAGGAUAAUACAAAAAAAAAUCUUUUCUCUAUAUUGUUUUACAAAAACAAAACAGCUUGCAAAAGGGAGAAUUAAAUAUA